AUGGCUCCUAUCGUAUCCAAGCCUAAGGUCUAUAGGCUUAGAGGAUGUCCUGAUAAUCUGAAUAAACGGGGCCUUGCCGAGUUACUUAGUCUGGCAUUUGGGGACGUCACGCCUACAGAUAUUCAAAUUCAGUCUCUAGCAACGAGCUUGGAUCCGUGGACAAGGCCGCCCACUAAGGUUGGGACGUUAAUGUUCCAUAGACUCCCAGUUUUGAUCGAGGCACAUAUAGACAAUAACGAAUGGAAGAUACCCACUAAUGGACCAGAAAAGUCGCUUCUUCUUGAUUCCCACUUCCUGGGGAUGACACCUCUUAACGAUGUUGAAAAAGGGGAACAUGAAAUCGAUUGUAUUGCCAUCUCAGGCUUAGCCAGUCAUCCUUUCGGCUCGUGGCAACCAAAAAGAGAAGACAAAAGCUUCAUGUGGAUCCGAGAUGAACUCCCACGAGCCCUUCCUACGACGAGAGCUAUCGUAUACGGCUACGACACUACCCUCGCGAAAAGCAACUCGUUCCAAUCCAUCCUAGACCUGGCCAUAACCUUCAUUGACCACAUUAAGGCUUCUGGUCUAGCUCGCCCAAGCGCAAAACCGUUGAUUUUCAUGGCUCAUAGUCUAGGCGGCAUUGUUGUGAAAGAGGCAUUCGCAGUUCUAGCAGGCAGCCAUGAACAAGGACAGCAUAUCCUGAAGCUCUUCAGAGGCGGCAUAUUCUUUGGCGUUCCAAGUCAGGGCAUGGCUACCCCUCACCUUCUCGCCAUGGUUAAAGAUCAGGUUAACCAGCAGCUAGUCCAAGAUCUAUCGGAAGGAUCAAAGUAUUUACGUGAAUUGGACGAUCAGUUUUCUGGACUUACAUUGAUGAGAAACAUGUCUAUUCAUUGGGCCUACGAGACAAAAACAUCGCCAACCAUGAAUCGUAAACCAGACGGUUCCUUUUCAAGGGCGGGCCCCGAAGAAGUCUUAGUUUCUAAAGCAUCAGCAACCCGAAGUCUAUACAGCUCACGAUCAUCCGCAAUAUUUCCCAUCAACGAGAACCACUCGGAGAUGGUCAAGUUUCGCGAAGGUGACCCCUAUUUUCGCAUUGUAGUGAGUAGACUGAAGGAAUGCUGUAGAGGCAGCAAUAAUGCUGCAAUCAAAGCAUCAACCACUACGUUUCAGUCAAAGGAAAUUGUAGGCGGGGCUACACAAGUACGUUAUACCGAAGCUUCAGAGAAAGUGACACAUAAAGAUGCUGACUGGGAUCCAGAGGACUUAAAAAAGCUCAAAAUCCCCGACCAAGAUACCCGCCUCGAAACGAUCGAUAAUAACUCCGAGCAUACCUUCGAAUGGAUAUUUGAUAGAAAAAAGACCCCCUUGCCAACGUGGCUUGAAGAGGGAACAGGCUUCUUUUGGAUACAUGGCAAACCAGGUUCAGGAAAUCGACACUCAUGA